AUAAAAUAAAUACUAAAUAGUGAAAAUACUGUUACUGUGUACAAUUGUAAACAUUACAUUCAUUAUUAUUUUUCGACAGAUACAAGAAAAUAAAUCUUAACCAGGCAGUCCUAUUGUCGUUACGGUUAAAAAUUUCGUUUUAUUACUAGGCUCGUUUUAAAAUCUCAACGAUGGCUAACAGGGAACGUCGAGCCAACGCCGGUAAUCGCAUGGCUAAACUUCUCAAUGAGGAAGAAGAAGAUGAUUUUUAUAAGACUACCUAUGGCGGCUUCCAAGAGACAGAGGAAGACAACGAUUAUAUAGAAGAAAAAGAGGCAGAUGAUGUUGUAGAUUCUGAUUUUGAUAUAGAUGAGAAUGAUGAGCUUGUUUCUGAUCAUGAAGAUGAGAAUAAAGAAAAGAAAAAAGUCAGCACAACAGCAUAUAAAGAUCCAAACCAGAAACGUAAAUCAGCUGGAGUAAAAAAGAAAGUCGUGAAAAAGCCAAGGGAACCUAAACCAAAAGACACUAAAGAUGUACAAAUUAAUGAAAAAGAUUUUGAUCCAUCCACAGAGAGGAAGUCCAUACGACAAAGUACAGCUGUGAAGUCUGCUGAGACACUUAAAAGGAUCAAAAUUAGGUCAGAGUUACAAAAAAAGAAACCUAAAAGGGUUGAAGAAAAAGUACUCACACAACAAGAGCGUUUGGAAGAGGCAUUGACUACAGAAAAAGAGAAUCUCAAGAGUUUGGAAAGAUUUGAACAGAGUGAGCAAGAAAGAAAAAAAAUUAGGCCGAUAAAAAAAACAAUCACUGGACCAAUCAUCAGAUUUCAAUCAUUUGCAGUACCCGUGUCUGUAGAGACAGAUCAAAAGCAAACAGCUGAUCUGAACUUAAGUAAUGAUUUAAAUAGAGAAGAGGAAAUUAGUCUGAGUGAUGCAAACACAGCUAGUGAACCAACACCAGAUGCAAGCAAUGAAGAAAGUGAUAAACCAGAGCAUACUAAAAUAGAUAUUGAUGUUGUUGGACCCGAUGAAGAAAUUAAUGUGGAAGAUGUGAAAGUGAAACCGGAACAGAAACCGAAACCAAAGUCAAAUGUGACGUACUAUGAGAGAACGCUUCUGUCAUUUGAAAAUGACAUAAAGGACAAGGCAUUCAACAUGUGCUUCCCCAAAUCCAAACCGAGGAAGCGAAGAGAAAUGUUGUGUGCAGUUACUAAAUUACCAGCUCGCUACAUAGACCCGGUAACAAAACUACCAUACAGGAGUGUAGACGCAUUCCGAAUCAUCCGUGAGGCGUACUACCAGCAGCUGGAGGCUCGAGGUGACCGUUCCGACCCGGAGGUGGCUGCUUGGCUCAAGUGGAGGCGAGCAGAUACUGCCUCCUCGUAUGUGCAGAUACACAUGAAGUGAUUGUGGACUUUGUCUGAUAGGAAAUAAGGCUGAGAUUUGUAAGACAACCAGUGUACAUAUAUGUAUAUGUAGGUUAUUCAGUAUGAAUAUAUAAAGUCCUCGUAAACUUUAUAAGCAACAAGCAGGUGCGACUUGACCGAGUAGUUUUCGUUUGCAUGACAAUGUGACCAGUAAAUCAGAUUUCGUAAUAAUAGAAUUAAUUGACUAUUUCUGAUUUAUUAUUAUUAUUAUUAUGAAUACAUUUUAUUUCGUCAAAAUGCUGGAUGAUUUUGCUUAUUUUGUCCAAAUUGUUUUUAUAGACUUUAGGGCCAAAUAUUGACAAAAUAACCCCCUAACCUCCACCACGUACAUUUUCGAAAUGCAGAAAAUAACAAGUCAAUAAUCUAAUGUGUGGUUGAAAGUUGUAUUUGUCCUAUAGGAAAUAAGGCUGAGUUUUGUAUGACAUCCAGUGUACAUUUAUGUAUAUAUAGUCUAUUCAGUCUUCUUCUCAUUAUUUUAGUACUGAGUAAUAAUAAAAGUUAAUUUUA